AUGAAGGUCGACGGUCUCUAUUCUUUAGGGUUUGACUCUCUGGAUGAUAUCCUAAACCAUGAUGACCAUAAUAUAGUAAAAUUUGAGGACCCUUGUCUGAAAUCAGACAAAUUUGAUAUAGUAGGUUCUUGCAAUGGCUUGAUUUGUUUGAUUUCUUGGGGUGUUAUUGAAGUGUUCAUGUUGUUAAACCCAUUCACCAAAAAACACCAAAUUUUAUCUCCUGUGCCACCGCCUUCCUCAGAAAAUUGUGUAAGAGUUCAUGGAUUUGGGUAUGAUGCUGUCAAUGACGAUUACAAGAUUGUAAAUGUGAACACUUUGUUUGAUGAUCAAGAAAACCCUUUGGGCUCUGAAAUAACAGUUUUUAGUUUGAAAUCGAAUGUAUGGAGAAGGAUUAAUCAUCGUUUCACUAAUCUCCUUAGACCUUGUCAGCAUGGUGUGUUUUUUAAUGGUGCUUUGCAUUGGGUGGCUGCUCGCCAGCCCGAGUCACAUGAGGAUAAUUAUAUUGCUGCAUUUGCUCUCGGGGUUGAGAACUUCCGGGAGGUGCAGCUCCCAAAAGAUUUUUGGUCGGUGACUUUGGGAGUUUCGGGUGGAUGCUUGUGGCUGUUUGGUAUUAAUGUUAAUGAUGACGACCAUUUGGAGUUAUGGGUAAUGAAGAAUUACAUGAUGCGGGAGUUGUCGUGGACAAAACAUUCCCUAUCUUUCUUUUCACAUGUGUACAAAGAUGAUCAUCUUGCCCAACUAGAAAUUCUAGGUUUUUCAAAGGAUACCACCCAAGUUCUCGUCGUACAAAUUAAUUUCAAUUUUUUUGGUUAG